CUGCUGCUAUAAGAUGCACUCCGCGCACCAUCAGCACCAAAACUUCCAGUUCGCACCAUCCAUCCUCAUCUCUGGCGCGCGCACACACCGCAUCCUGGCUGCUUCUGUUUGAUUCCUCCCUCCACCUCCUCCUCCUCCUCCUCCCCUCCUUCCCCUCCCCCGGCUUUGGAGGGUUGCACAGGUGCAUCCCCGGGUUACUGCUCGCUCCCGGCUGACUUGAUUAUGGUCACAGCCCCCGCGGUGCCAAGGUGGAGCCGCAGCGCGUAUCUCGGAUCGGUGCGCUUCUCCAGGGGCUGGGAUGCGCACCGGGCACCUCCCGCUUCUUGCCGAGUUUUGGGUCUGAGGAGGAGUCCAGCGGCGGCCCGGGGCGCAGAGGCAGGAGAAGCCAGUCGACCCGGAGCAGGAUGCCGGUGAUGAGAGGGCUGCUGGCCCCGCAGAACACCUUCCUGGACACCAUAGCCACCCGCUUCGAUGGCACCCACAGUAACUUUGUCCUGGGGAACGCCCAGGUCCAGUCCCUGUACCCCAUCGUCUACUGCUCUGACGGCUUCUGCGAGCUCACCGGUUACGCCCGCGCCGAGCUCAUGCAGAAGAGCUGCGCCUGUCACUUCCUGUACGGCCCGGAAACCAGCGACCGCUCCACGGCCCAGAUCCAAGGAGCGCUGGACGACAGGAGGGAGUUCAAAACGGAGCUGGUGUUCUACAAGAAGGAAGGUACAAAGUUCUGGUGUCUGCUGGACAUCGUGCCCAUUAAGAACGAGAAAGGAGAGGUGGUUCUGUUCCUCGUGUCCCACAAAGACAUAACCGACAAGAAGAUGGAGCAGGAUCCAGAGCAGGGGCCUGAAACCGAUGAGGAGACGGGUCUGCAGGUGCAUCAGGUAACUCGCCCUCCAGGCUUCAACGCCAACCGGCGCCGCAGCAGAGCCGUGCUCUAUCAGCUGUCAGGACACCUGCAGAAACAAGACAAGAGCAAGCUCAAGAUCAACAAUAACAUGUUUGGGCAGAAACCUCCGAUCCCAGAGUACAAAGUAGCAGCCAUCCAGAAAUCCCGCUUCAUCCUGCUCCACUAUGGCACCUUCAAGGCCGGCUGGGACUGGCUGAUUCUGCUGGCGACCUUCUACGUGGCCGUCACCGUUCCCUACAACGUCUGCUUCAGUGGAGGGCGGGACGAAGGCGGCGCCUCGAGAAGUCCACCCAGUGUCAGCGACAUCCUGGUGGAGAUCCUUUUCAUUUUAGACAUCGUGUUGAACUUUCGUACGACCUUUGUGAGCACGUCGGGUCAGGUGGUCUACGACGCCCGCUCCAUCUGUGUCCACUACGUCACCACCUGGCUCUUUGUUGACCUUGUCGCUGCCCUGCCCUUUGACCUGCUUUAUGCUUUCAAUGUCACUGUGAACUUCAGGGUCCACCUGCUGAAGACUGUCCGGCUGCUGCGGCUGCUGCGGCUCCUGCAGAAGCUGGAGCGCUACUCGCAGUACAGCGCCGUGGUUCUGACUCUGCUCAUGUCCAUGUUUGCCUUGCUGGCCCACUGGAUGGCCUGUGUCUGGUACUACAUCGGUCGCAAGGAGAUCGAAAGCUUGGGCUCCACAGACAUCGGUUGGCUCUAUGAAUUGGCAAAGCGCCUGGGGACCCCGUACUUCAUGUCCCCUCUGACCACACAGACCCCACCCACAGUGAGCAGCCUCCCAGCCAACAGCACCCAGUGGAACACGUCGGGGUCACAGGUCGCGGGGCAGGGCACCUGGAACUCGAGCCAAGAAUAUGGGAACAUUUCAGGAUCGGGGGGUCUGAAGAUGCUGGGCGGGGGCCCAUCGACCCGGAGCAGCUACGUGACGGCCCUGUACUUCGCUCUGAGCAGCCUGACCAGCGUAGGCUUCGGGAACGUGUCCGCCAACACGGACUCAGAGAAGAUCUUCUCCAUCUGCACCAUGCUUAUAGGAGCUUUGAUGCACGCUGUGGUGUUUGGUAACGUGACCGCCAUCAUCCAGAGAAUGUACUCCCGCCGCUCACUGUACCACACCCGCACCAAGGACCUGAAGGACUUCAUCAGGGUGCACCGGCUGCCCAAAGCCUUGGAACAGCGCAUGCUGGAGUGUUUCCAGACCACCUGGUCGGUUAACAACGGGAUAGACGUCAAUGAGCUGCUGAAGGACUUCCCGGACGAGCUGCGGGCCGACAUCGCCAUGCACCUGAACAAGGAGCUGCUGCAGCUGCCACUGUUCGAGUCGGCCAGCAGGGGAUGCCUGCGCUCCCUCUCCCUCAUCAUCAAGACCUCCUUCUGCGCCCCGGGAGAGUUCCUCAUCCGGCAGGGCGACGCCCUGCAGGCCAUCUACUUCGUCUGCUCAGGGUCCAUGGAGGUGCUGAAGGACAACACUGUGCUGGCUAUACUGGGCAAAGGAGAUCUGAUUGGUUCGGAUUCCCUGACGAAGGAGCAGGUGAUCAAGACGAACGCCAACGUCAAAGCGCUGACCUACUGCGACCUGCAGUACAUCAGCCUGAAGGGCCUGCGCGAGGUGCUCCGCCUCUACCCGGAGUACGCGCAGAAGUUCGUCAGCGAGAUCCAGCAUGACCUGACCUACAACCUGCGGGAGGGCCACGGCGCAGACGACUGGGAGAGCAACGGCGGCCUGGUGAAGAAGCUGCCGUCCAUCCGUGAGGAUGAGGAGGGCGACGAGGAGCAGAGCUCCGUGUCCCGGGCUCCCCGCUCGCCGCUGCAUCUCAGCAGGGGCCUCAGCUCCCCGCUGCGCUCCCCUCUCCUGGCUCCGCGGCCCUUCAGGGCCCCAACCGAGCACUCACGGCCCUCCACCCUGCAGAUACCAGUGGUUAGCUUCAGCAGCGCUCCACCCGAGCUCAGCCCCAGAUUCGUGGACGGCAUCGAAACGGAGAACAUUUCCACCUCCUCACAGAAGUUUGAGUUCAGUCCAAGUCUGUCACCUGCAGCUCCACCUUCCCCGUACGCAGGGAUGCGGCAGCACUCUGAGAUCAAGCAGAGCGUGGCGAAGCUUACAGAGGAGAUGAACUCUCUCUCCAAACAAGUGUCCAGCCUCAGCCAGGAGCUGCGGGAAAUGGCUUGCCUGCUGAAGCCCCUCCUCCAGGCGGCCCCGCAGCCAAUCCUGAUGAGCGCAGUGCCAAACCUGGCCCCGCCUCAGGGCAGUGCCAGCCAGCUGCUGUCCAGCCCCUGGUUCCCGGCAGCGCCCGCAGCGGCGCCGCGUUCCCCCCCGAGAGAGGACGCCAGCUCCCUGUUGGACAGCGGAGACCCGGAGGGCGAGGGUUUGCCGCGAUGCCUUCUCCCGACUCAUCACUCACCAAAAAGGCCUGAUUCCUCACCAUCAGCAUCAGCACAGCCCCCACCCAGCCCCGUGGCAACUGGCUCAAGCUUCCUCUCAUCGAAGGAAGAAGCUCCGAAGGGGUCUCCAGUGUCCCGAAGCCCCCAGGUGUCCCCCAGUAACGGGAUCCUCCUGCCGUCCCUGGAGGACCAGCCUGCUCUGCGCUCCAACACCCCUUCGCCAUCGCUGUCCUUCUCCGUCUCCCUCUCCUCCUCACCGUCUCUUUCUCCUUGCCCGUCGCGGCCCACCAGCUGUGGUAGCAGAGGCCUGCUCCCCCCGCCUCCCUCUCAGGACACGCCCCCUCCCCUGUCGUCCCACCGCUCGGCUCCCUCGUCCGUCUCCUCGUCUCCCGGGGGUCACCGGCUGAGGCCUUCCCUGUCCAUCCCCAUCGCGUCCACCGCAGCGCCCGUCCAUCCCUCCACCCUGUCCCUGCCUGUGUCUCUGGACUUUGGGAGCUCAGCAAAGCGAGACUCUCACACUCCGGCGAGGUGCAAUCUGCUGAGACGCAACGAGGAGGCCAGAGCCGCUGCCAGUCCGCAGGAGGUGGAGAUGCAGGAGUGGGGGCAGCGGGGAGAAGAGAGCAAAACCUCCAUGGAGGAUUUCAGCUACAUCGACGAGGACGAUCUUGGGCUCUAGGUGGGUUUUUGCUGCGUGAUGCAACCGUGAACGAUGCGAUCAGUGCAGCAGCAAGCUGGUCUGUCUCAGGCAGAAAGCCUGGGAUGCUUUGGGAGGAUUCCUGUCUACGCUAACAGUCUUCUGUUAGCAUAUCACACACCCACCGAUUAUUAGCAACACAAUCCUGCAGAACUGCAGCGUGAGUCGAUGCCUUCAGCUCCUGACACACAGAACCAGACAGCAUUUUUCUGUCUCUCUCUUACCCGCUCCCAUCUGAUAUCGGUUUUGUUUUCUCAAUACCAAGAUGUCUGCUCCAGAGGCAGGGACAAACACACACACCCCAACUGGUAGGUCCGAGUCAGCGCAGCAGGGCCUGGAAUGUAAAGUCGCUCAUUCUCACUCCAGAUUUUAUUUUCUAAAGGAAGGUAAUCAUCUGCCCCUGUGCACAAAAACACACACACACACACAUACCACUCAUUUCCCUACAGCAGCAAGGCCUGGUUCUCUCAUAGUGUAAUUAAAGUACUCUGAACCUUCGGGAUCAAUGCCAAAGAGGAAAACAAAACUGCAGUUUAGAUCCUAAAACGCUCCAAAAGGUGCUUCUCAACAAGCUAGACUCAGAAACUUUAAGUUAGUUAUUUCAGUUAUCAAGCAAAAUUCAUAAAUAUAUAUAAACUGUAUGAUAAAUGUUUUUGUGUUUUUUUAAUGACUAUGGCUUACAGCAAAAGACAAUUCCCAAUCAAACCGACUAGGGCUGAAAUGAUUCCUCGAGUGAUUCGAGUACCUCGAUUAUUAAAAUUCCUCGAGGAAAAUGUUUCUGCCUCGAAGCUUCGUUAAAUUAUAUUUUAUUAUUUAGCUCGCAGUGUUCCGGCCGGAUUAUUACUUGCGUUUCUCGGAGCUCUCACUUCCACCUGAGUUGUUGACGAAAGCUAACUGUUAGCAGCAUAACGUCCAGUUUUCAAGUUCGGUCUGGGAGGAUUUUAUUGAUUGAUGAUAAUGUCCGGGUCUUUGUCGUUUUUUCCGGGGACCAAUAAACAUCCUUAAAAUGACUGGCGCGAUGCCUGGAGUACGGCAGCCUUUCUCCUCCUGGAGCUGCUGCCUGGUGGCGGUUCAGAGCGAACGGCGGGGAAGAGCUGCAGGUGUAUUUAUACAGGUGAGCCGAUAGACUGAACACUGCGGGUGGCUGUGCAUUAGAUAAUUAACGUAAGUGUAGCUUUACGGACGAACCGGAAAAUUUAUUUCAUCCAGGUCUCAACAAAUGUGUGGCGGAGCUCAGCGUGGCGGCAAGUAGCUGGUAGAUGUUUCUGUGUGUGAUGGUCGCUAACAUGAAUACAAAAGCUAUAAAUGUCUGGGAAAAGUGAGAGUUCAUCUAUUAAAUUGACUGAAGUUGAAUACAUAAACGAAAAGCUGGAGUAUAGACAUUUUUCAUAAGUGUAUUUGUGAGCUUGCCUCUUUAUUAUUGAAUUGAAUAUAUUCGUUUACAACAACCCUGAAAACUACAUAGAAAAUGGUUUUAAUGCAGAGAUGUCAUCCAGCUCUAUACUUUCAUAUCUAAUACUGCACCAACGCAUUGUGGGAUGGAGAUAGAGCUGAGCAGCAGAUAAAUAAUAUAAAUAUAUCAUGAUAGACACGUGAUCAAUAUCAAUAGAUAACACAUCUGACAGAAUGUUCGAUAAUUAAACCGAACUCAUUUCCAGAACCAAACAGCAUUUUGGGAGAUGUAGGCAGAUGAAAGGCUUUAGCCACUCAACCUCUCAUGGCUCAAUAUGCUAGUAUGGUGGCAUCAGCUAGCUCGCUUAUUGGUUACCUAGCAACAACGUCUUCAGCAGCUUGCACAGCAGCAGUUUCAGGUUUCUCUCUGCUUAAACCUGC